AUGUAUCGAUUGCCACAACAAAUCGAAGACAAGGCCAUCUCUAGUAUUGACCAACUCGCAACACGGCUUAAUACUCAAUGGGUACAUCUUCGAGCGGCACGCAACUUUGCUAUAGAGAAACGGAAGGAAGCUACAACAGGUCUACAAGGUCUAGAUUCGAUGGAUACAAGUAUUGUCAUUGCAGAUUCUCUGGCUCGCAAUGAGUUCACAGUUGGAAGUGAUAUUGAUUGGUUCCUACUUAAUGAUGGCUCAGCUGAUUCUCAGCACCAUGAUUUCUUUAGACGAGUUCGCGAGGAAAUAAAUAAAAGAGCAAGCAAGCCAGUGGGCCCAGAAGCGAUCUUCGAUAUACCUGUAUUCAGUCAUAUACUUGUUCACGCUAUUGGUGGUGAAAAUGAUACUGAUAGCAACAUGAUUCAUCGGUUGGUCCUAUUUCUCGAAUCUGAAGUAAUAGGCAGCAAUGAUGUCUAUAACCAUGUGAAACGUGCUAUUUUGAAACGUUAUCUUCUUGAAGAUCGUGGCCUUUGGUUAGGCACAAACUUUCAUGUGUCAAGCUUUCUUCAAAAUGACACUGCUCGAUUUUGA